AGCAAGCUAGAAACAGACCGUGCCGUUCUCUACUUCCGUGGUACUGUAACUGAUCUGUCACCAAAAUGACCAAGAAGAGGCGUAAUGGAGGACGCUGCAAGCACAACCGCGGCCAUGUGAAAGCCGUUCGUUGCACCAACUGCGCUCGCUGCGUGCCGAAGGAUAAGGCGAUCAAGAAGUUCGUUAUCCGCAACAUUGUGGAGGCUGCUGCAGUCCGCGACAUCUCUGACGCCUCGGUGUACAGCUCAUACGUACUGCCGAAACUGUAUGCUAAACUGCACUACUGCGUGUCGUGCGCUAUCCACUCGAAGGUUGUCCGUAACCGUUCGAAGGAGGCCCGUCGCAUCCGUACACCACCGCAGCGAUCCUUCCCGAAGGACAUGAACCGACAGCAGAACGCUCAGCGAAAGUAAGCGCUGCUGCUGCCGUUAGGUGGGAGGAUAUGCCCGGCUGAUCUCGUCCCGUCAACUAACACCUUCACGGACAGGAGAAAAGAUCAGCUGCGCCGUUCGGUUGGAUUGGGAUUUAUUCCAAUGGUCGGUCGGAAACAUUCACUUCUCGUGCAAGCACAGUGUAUUUUGCAUUCAAGUUUCGUGUUUGUAGCAUUGUAAGAGGGAAACAGUAUGUGGAGAAUGAAGAAGGCGAGUGAAAUACAAGAGCCACCGUGCUGAAA